AUGAGCAGUUGGCAGUAUCUUCAGACACGAGUUGAAAUCGAAUUGGUACUUAUCCAUGAAGGAUGGGGUUUCCCGUGCAUUCGACGGGUGUCCAGCCCAAUCACUGACCUUCUGGCAGACGUGAUGCCAAGUAACAGUCCGAGGACAAAGCUUUAUAAGCGAAUCGUAUGUCAGCACCAUAAGGGAAAAAUUGAUGUCCCAUCGACACAAUUGGGUUGGACCAGUAGCUACACCAAAUCUGACCUCCCGCGGCUCUGCAAACAAUAUGAACCAGGACGGCCUCAACCACCAUCAGUGGCAAGAGGGGCUAUGGAUGUGCCGGCUCUAUGUGUCAUUGCUUUUUGCGAGAAAUUUACUUCUCAAGUUGCUGGAGGUGUAGUGAAUGGAAGCAUGCAUCUUCAUCACCAACCUUCUCAGUUCUUGUUUACUCUUACCCCGGAGGACCGUAAUGCUAAAUGAAAUGCAUAAUAAUUCCUGUCUUGACUCUAAAUGCUCAGUACUUUACUAUAUCAUGCAAAUAUAAUGCCAAUAUUUAAGAUCUACAAGUGGGCAACUGGUGUUUUGAGAAGAGUAAAUAUGCAUAGAGAAUGAAUAAUGUCUGGAGCUCAGUAAAGAUAUUCACAAAGAGCGGCGAACAGGUAGAGAGACUGUUGGGAGUCUUG